CUGCCUUUGCAUCUUUACAGUACGUGCCAUGCGUGUGUUCUCCACACCCUGACUCUGAGCAAAACAGAGGCAAGGCAGGACUGAAGGAUGUUGGACGCGUUAUUAGCUUAUUGCAACCACCGGGACACUGGACGAUUUUGGAAACCCAGACGCGCCGAUUCCUAAGCUAACAGCAGCCCGACUCCAGUCCUCGGUCUGACCUUAUGGAUCCCGGGGGAAGCGAACUGGACUCCAGCCUGCCGCAGCCUGAGAACCCGUGUCUGAUCGUGGAGGACUCUCAACCGGACAGCGUCGCCUUAGAGGACGAUCCCGAGACCAGCUACCGGGCUCUGUUGGCCCGCCGCCUGUCCAGUCUGCAGCCCACCGCUCGCAGCCCGGUCCUGGAACUGAUAUCCUCACCAAUGGGAAGCAGAAGUUCAGGGACUGACAGUCAAUCAGAGAGCUCCCAGUAUAAAAACCAGGUUGAAUCCGCCAGUAGUCUUGUAGCAACCAACCCCAGCUCAGCAUUCCAGGAGGAGAGUCAAGUUCUACAGAUCUGCCCUCCAAACAAGAAAAAGUGUACAACAGAGGACACAGAUAUGGAUUCCAGGGCGGAUUCUACCACACACUGUGCUCAGACUGAAGAGGGAACCUCUCAGUUUGGUUUUCUUGAGCUUUCUCAGAGUCAGGAUCUGCGCGGUGAAGUGGAGAACAGUAAGGAGGAGGACAAUGACGUCAUCCCUCAGUCAGACAGUGAGAGACGUGCCAAAUCAGCAGCAGAGCAAAACAUCGGCUCCAGCACGUCAGUGGGUCAAGACAACAAAUCAGCGAGGUCUGAGGUGAGCUCCAGUAGCUCACCGACCUCUCCGGGUCAGGCAGGGAGGCAGCUGAGUGUCGAGGUUCUGCUGCACUCGGAGGGACUUCGGGAUUCUAAUGAGCAGGCCUCUGAAAUCCUGUCCUCACAGGACGACCUGUUCGACGGUGACAAGACAAGUGCUGCAGUGGACAGCACAGUGUCUGAGCCUGAGCAGAAGGCUCCCUGCACCCUGACUCCAGCCCACACCCUGGGACUGCUGCAUCUGUCUGGGCAGGGGACGCUGGUGCAGGAAAGUCUGUCCCAGAGCUCUGAUUUUGUAGCCCCUACCCCCGAUAACUUCUCCCACACCCCUUUAAUCGUUCCCAGCUCACCAACUGGACCAGAGGAUGAACACGGUUCAGAUGAACCCAUGGACACUUCACUUCCACCCGAGGAUGGAGCAAUGGACAAGGAGGAGGAACCAAUGGAGACAGAGGCCGGCUCCAAGCCACACCCAACCGCUUCUACGCCCGUAUCCCACAAUUCCCCUGGUUUUGUGUUGGAGCGCACCUUGUCUGUCCCCUCGCAGCCAGAGUUCUCUCAUGACGUCUUUGUCCCCACACUGAGUCAGGAGAGUCAACAACAGUCCAAUAAGAAGACACCAUCAUCUCACGAGACACAGUCUCAGCGUCUGGAGUCGGCGUCAUUCACUAUGCCUUUGCAGCUAUCUGUGAACACAGAGACCAAUAACUCAGCUCAGCAGACCUCAGAGCAGAUUGACGAGGACAGCCAGGCCACGCAGAUCGAGGAACUGGAAGAGCCGCCUGCUGUCGACGCCAGCGACUCUGUGACUUCACACAGCGGUCAGAGGUGCGAGAGCAACGGUGUCUCGUCACAAUCACAAACUGCUAACGGCGCCACAGCUUCCAGCUCCUCAGAAUCACCAAAGCACCGCAACGAAUGUGCCAAGGCCGAGCAAUCCAAUGUGUCACAGACGUCAGAUGUGAACAACAAAAUGACUGUAAAUCCACAAAAUGUGAAUGUAAAAGACAGAAAGACUGACACAGAUGCAGGUUCCACUGACGCGGUGUCCUGUUCUCAAACAAAGAUGGAUUCUGUGGACCUGACUGCUAACUGCUGUGUGCAGGAGACACCCUCAGACAUUACACCCUGCAGUUUGGCUUCUCAGACUGUGAACUCUCAGGCAUCUGCUGUGAAAAGCUCUGUGGAUGUGAGAGAAGAAGAAGCCACAAAGAGUCCGCAAGUAAAACCACAGCAAUGCGAAAAGGUUGGGAACAGCCAGAUAGAUGGAAAUACCACAGAUGAGCAUGAGCAGGGUGCCACAGAAGAGGCGGAGGUGGUGAUGGAGGAGCCAGAGGAGGAGAGGACAGCUAGAGGUGGGGAUACAGGAAUGGCUCUGCUCCUCUCCCAGAGCCAGCUGUUGUCUCCUGAGCCCAUGGAGGAAGAGGACAGCGUCAUUGUAGUUACAGAAAGCGACAGAGAGUCUCAGAUGCCCAGCAUAGAUGGGACGCCUCAGUCAAAGACCAACAAUACUCAGCCAGUCAGAGUCGAGGAAUCCACCUCCACCAAUGGCCGCGAGUCCCAGCCUCGGCCGAAGGAGAAGGCGGCUCCUGACACGCUCUCCCAGACUGAGAAAACGGGUCCUGAGCCAGAGGUGCUCAAAGAGAAGAGCCUCAGUGAUAGUUCAGGAGAUAUUUCCUUUCACUUCACCCUGCCUAAAGAAGGUGAGCUGAUUGGUUCAGCCGUUGGUGCCACGCCACCUUUAAUCAACCAGCUGAAGCAGACGCUGAGACACAGCACUCCCAUCGAAAUCAGCUGCUUUUCUGAAAAGCCCGAUGUGGCGGGGGAUGUUUCUGGAGAUGUGGCGAUGGCUGGCAGUGACAUCAUGCCUGGAGGAAGUGGAGAGGAAACCACAGAAACGGGAGAUGGGAAGCUUAGCUUGAGGAUGAAGUUGGUGACUCCUGUUGAAGAGGGCAGCUCAGAGCGUUUCAGCCUGCAGAAGCCAACACUAUCAGAAGAUGAUGGAUCGGUUGUCAAGACUAACGCAGUUGCCAAGGCUGUAACCAGCUCGGUGUUCAGUCGAGUCAGACAGGUUCACAGACAGCAGGAUGCAGAGGAAGACGACACAACACCGGUCAGGGCGGAGCUGUUCGCCUCGCCACAGAGGAACUCCCAGGAAUCACUGCUGGGAUGCAACAGCUUCCCGAACAAUCAAUCGGAGCCUUCACAGCAGGAAGCAGCAGCAGCACCUCAGCAGAACCCCAAGGAACCGCCAGAACCUGAGCAGUCCAAGGAGAGGCGAAGGCCGCCUGAGGCCUCGGAGCCUCCCACCUCAAACGGGUCAGAUGCCAGGCAGAAGGCGGCUUCUCAGCAGGCCUUCGACAUCACCAUCACCUCCACUCCAACCAACAAGCUCCGUCAGCGGACGGUCUCUCAACAGACCAGCUCUGAGGCCCUGGGCUUGCGCUCCCCAGCUGGCAGGGGCGAUUCAGAGACUCCGUCCUUCAGGAAAAACGCAGGGCCUGCCCACCGAAGACACGUGCGAACCAUCCAAGAAGUGCGGACCACCAUCACAAGGAUCAUCACAGAUGUGUAUUAUGAGGACGGUAAAGAGGUGGAGCGCAAAGUCACUGAGGAGAACGAGGAACCAGUGGUGGACUGCCAGGUACUGGACGACAUCUCCCCGUGCCGCACAGGCAGCUCGGUGACCUCUGGUGACCUUGGUGACAUCAGCUCUCUGUCGUCCAAAGCCUCCAGCCUGCAGCACAGCUCAGGAGGAAUCAGCAGCAACGCCGGCCUCAUCAGACCAGACUUCAUCAUGCCGCCCAGCCGAGGGCCCAAACCCACCAGUCCCAGAAGGGGAGGUGGGCAACAACAGAGGGGUCACAGGGGUCAAAGGGCAGGGUCAGUGGUCACAAAGGGCAGAGGCUUCGGCAACAUGGGGUCCCGGGCCUUCGUCCCGCUGACCCCCAGAGGAAGGGCUAGAAGGGGCCGCCCCCCAUCCCGCUCCUCCUCGUCCAGGGGAGGUGCUGCUGGCUCUCUGCAGACACUCAGUGCUCAUGGCCAGCCUCUGUCCUCCUCAGAGGAUGAGCCCUACACUCGCAUGCUCCCCCCACGCCUUCCCGUCAGCCCCACAGACAUAGAGCUGCCCAGCCACUCAGACUCCCUCAGGUCAUCACCGGAGGAGACAAGCUCAGCUGGAAGCAGCUUCGUUGGCCUGCGUGUGGUGGCCAAAUGGUCGUCAAAUGGCUACUUCUACUCGGGCCGCAUCAUCAGCGAUGCAGGAGAGGGGAGAUUUCGCCUGCGCUUUGACGACGGCUACGAGUGUGAGGUGGCGGGGAAGGAUGUCCUGCUGUGUGAUCCCGUUCCCCUGGAGACAGAGGUCACCGCCCUGCUGGAGGACGAGUACUUCAGCAUAGGUGUUGUAAAAGGCCAUAAAACCGAGGGCCAGGAGCUGUUCUACCACGUGGAGAGGGACGGUCAGAGACAGUGGUACAACAGGACCUCGGUCAUCCUGUCGCUGGAGCAGGGAAACCGGCUGAGGGAGCAGCACAGCCUCGGACCCUACGAGCCCACCAUUCCCCUGGCCAAGGCCUCCGACAUCAGUCUGGAUAACCUGGUGGAGGGGAAGCGGAGGCGCAGGGGAAACUCAACAGCCCAGAACACACCAAACCGCUCUUCCAGCAGCCCCAGAACUCCAGGACCCUCCGGCAAGAGGAAGCUGAUUACCUCUGAGGGCACAGGGUCGCCGUCAAAGAGAGGCCGCAGGGGGGCGGGCAGAGCUGCUCAGCGGGUCAGUGUCUGUAACACUUCUGGCAGCGGCACCGAUCUUCCCGGUCAGUCUGAUGUAGCGGAGACCCACGGCCCAAUGCCCCAGAAUGCAUCACUCUUUAUGGGCUUCGCCUUUAUGCUAACGGCUUCGUCUGAGAGCGAUCGACUGACCAACAAGCUCAGCAGCGACGAGGAGGAGGAGGAUUACGUGCAAACAGGUCCAUACAACAAAGCUUACACAGAGUCCCAGCUGCAGGCAGGUGGAGGCUUCAUCUUGCCCGACUUCAACGAAGAACAGUGCAAAGCUGCCUACCAGAGCCUGCUCAUUGCAGACCAGCACUGUCGUACCAGGAAGUACUUUCUGUGCUUGGCCAGCGGUGUGCCGUGUGUGUCGCACAUAUGGGUGCGUGACUGCUGCAAAGAGAACAAGCUGCUCAACUACAGGAACUACCUGCUGCCUGCUGGCAUGGGGCCAGAUGAUGCCAUCGUGGAGUGGCAUCCCCGCAGCAGCCCGUUCAAAGGCCUGCGUGUCCUCCUGGUGUUUGAGAAGCCAGUGGAUGUGUGGGCACAGCUGAUCACCAUGGGUGGAGGUUCCUCUGUCCGACACUUCCACGCAGACAAGGACAGCGCUGACAUUCCUGUCGACAAGUACGACGUGGUGGUGACGGACGGUGCCUGUCCGCCUUUGGUGGUGAAUAGUGUGAAGUCCCAGGAAGUGCCGCUAGUUUCUGCUGAGUGGCUCAUCCAGAGCCUGAUCUGUGGCGAGCGCCUGGAUUUCAGCAACAAGCCUCAGUUUUACCACGACUUCUCCUCGUAAUCUGACUUUGCGUGCGAAAUGCCUUCAGCCAUGUUCAGUGUUUGACAUCAGUUCUGUUGCAUGCCUCUGCUGUACAUACAUUCAUCCUGUCAGUUUUUAGGGAAUAAUAAAGGUCGCAAUUUGUUUCAUUUUAA